AUGAAAAGUGAUAGCGACACAAAUUUACAAGAUCCCAAAUUGAUAGGAUGUUAUUCCGAUAUUACGCAUUUCAUCAGUGAGAAGUGUGGUGGGAAGCAGGAAUGUGAUGUCCCAGUCGCCAAGAUUGACAAAGAAACACCCUGUAACAGUGAUUUGAAACAUUAUUUGGAAGCUACAUACGAUUGUUUGAAAAAGGAAUAUUGUUGGUCGGAAUCAUUCCAGCCAAAAUGUCAGAACCACAAAAUUAUUUUGAUGAAAGAGGCUUUGUUUGGCAGAUUAAAAUUUGGGAGAUGUCUCAAGCAGAAGGUAGAUAGCGAUUCUAACAUCGUAAAUUCUAAAGUUAUUGGUUGCUACGCCGAUAUCACUCAUUUGAUUAGUUUAAAAUGUGGAGGUAUGCAUGAAUGUGAUGUUCCUGUGGCUAAAAUUGAUGAAGAAACGCCGUGCAAUAACGAUUUGAAGCAUUAUCUGGAAGCCUCUUAUGACUGCUUGAAAAAGCAGUAUUGUAAUUCGGAUUCCUUCCAACCUAAAUGUCUCAAAAAUGAAGUCAUUUACAUCGAGCAAGCUCUCUACGGAAGACAAAAAAUGGGAAAAUGUUUAAAUCACAGAGGCGAGAGCGGUCUAAAUUUGACAGAUCCCAAGGUUGUCGGUUGUUUCGUUGACAUAAAAAAUUUGAUCGGUGAAAUGUGUGGUGGGUUGCAGAGCUGUGAUGUGUUGGUAGCGAAAAUUGAAGAAGAAUCCCCGUGUUAUACGUAUUUGAAACAUUAUCUCGAAGCUUCAUACAGUUGUCUAAAAGAGGAAUAUUGUUAUUCGGAUUCUUUCCAGCCCAAAUGUCUCAAAAACGAGGUAAUUUUAAUCCACAAAGCUCUCUUUGGAAGAAUGAAAAUGGGAAAAUGUUUGAAACAGAAGAGUGAAAACGAUGUAAACCUAAAUGAUCCUAAGGUAGUUGGUUGCUACGCCGAUAUCAAAGAUGUGAUCAGCGAGAAGUGUGGAGGACUGAACAGUUGCGAUGUCUUAAUUGCUAAAAUUGAUGAAGACACACCAUGUUACAGCUCGUUAAAGCAUUAUCUUGAGGCGACGUACUACUGUUUGAAAGAUGAGUUUUGCAAUGCGGAUAUAUUUCAACCGAGAUGUCUGAAAAACGAAGUGAUCAUAAUUCAGGAGGCUCUGUUCGGGCGCCAGAAACUUGGAAAAUGUUUGAAACACAAAAUUGAAAGCGAUUUAAAUUUGAGUGACCCAAAAGUCAUCGGCUGUUUUGUAGAUAUAAAAGAUUUGAUAAGCGAAAAAUGUGACGGAAGACAAAAUUGUGAAGUCGUUGUUGCCAAAAUUGAAGAGAAAACUCCCUGCUACAGCUACUCGAAGCAGUAUCUAGAGGCUUCUUAUCAUUGUUUGAAAGAGGAAUAUUGCAUAUCAGAUUCCUUCCAGCCAACAUGUCUGAAAAACGAAAUUAUCCUGAUCGAGGAAGCUUUAUUUGGACGACAGAAACUUGGAAAAUGUUUGAAACAUAAGAGUGAGAGUGAAUUAAACUUGAAUGACCCGAAAGUCAUCGGCUGUUAUGUAGAUAUUAAGAGUUUGAUAAGUAGUAAAUGUGACGGAAAACAAAAGUGCGAUGUCGUAGUGGCCAAAAUCGAAGAGGAAACUCCCUGUUAUAGUUAUUCGAAGCAUUAUUUGGAGGCCUCCUACCGUUGCGUUAAAGAGGAGUAUUGCAUAUCUGAUGCGUUUCAACCAAAAUGUCUCAAAAAUGAAAUUAUUAUAAUCAAAGAGGCGUUAUUCGGAAGACAGAAACUUGGAAAAUGUUUGAAACAAAAAACUGAAAGCGAUCUGAAUCUGAAAGACCCGAAAGUAAUUGGUUGCUACGCUGAUAUUAAAUAUAAAAUUAGUGAAAUUUGCGAUGGAAAACAAAAAUGUGAUGUGGCAGUAGUUGGAAUAGAAGAGGAAACAUCGUGUUACAGCUCGUUAAAACACUACAUGGAAGCUUCUUAUUUUUGUCUCGCAGUAAUUCCUGAGACGCACGACUGCAAGGUCAGUGUGGAGUCAGACAAGCAGCACAUCUCAAGUGCCCAGGCAUCCAGCUGUGGUAACAAAAAUCGUCCAUGGAAAGUCAGCUCGAUGGCAGGCCAGCGCAUCAACAUCAGUCUCUUGCAGCUCAAAUCUGACAGCUAUGACCAACAACAGCCAAAAAAGACCCUAUAUUUUAUGGAGGGCACUGGCCAGGGCAAGCCACCGUGUCAUGUUUACGGGGUUAUUAGAGAAGAAAGUAGUAGGAGGAAUGUUUUUGUGUGUUAUGACUCCAGGAAUAAUGAUGUUGGAAAUUUUGAGGGUGAGAGCAUCAUGCAUAGAGUGAGUAAUGGCAAUGAGAUUGAAGUCUAUUUUGAGCAUGCAACUGCUAAGGAAGAGAACAGAACCACAUUUCUUAUCUCUCUAGAAGCAACCGGAUGCACGGAUCUGAUGGUUCCGGAAGAUGCUUUCUGGAAGAGAGAUGGGAACGUGGCAACAGUGGGGUGCCACAUGAGUCUAGUGAGGUGGACCCUGAAUUGUGAUGGCAAGAAAUGGGACGGAGUGGUCGGGAACUGUAGUCACGCUAACACGCAUCGCAUUCUGACUGGCGAAGUCAAGGAGAAGCUGGCCGACCGCGAAGAGAGCUCUAGCAUGCUAAUUCCCAUUGUGUCAAUUGUAAUGGCCGGUUUGGUCCUGUCAUUUUGUAUCAUAUGCGUUGGUGUUGUCCUACUAAACAGAUAUUAUGCCAUGAGUAAGAAACGAGCACUGAAGCAGAUGUCUAUGGGACCGAACUCAAUGUACAACAACAACAGUUACAUCAUGCAGACGGCCAAUAAAGCUUACUACGACGCCCAACAACAACGCAACAACAACAUGAUGAUGAUGAUGACGAAUAAUAAUAAUAACAACAUGAUUAUGACAAUGGAUAAACAAGAUGAGGCAUACUUCGCGGAAAAUUCCCAACUGAAUCCGGACACUGCUCAGUAUUUUGAGCUGGAUCAGGCGCUUGUUGGUAAGGAGGCUCCCGCUAUGGCUUAGAUGGGAUGUGCGACGGUGUGGUUUUGUGUGAGUCGUUGGUACCGUGUUCGAUCCCUGUUGUAGUCCUUUGUUUUGUAAUGUUGUCUUCUUUUACUCAAACGUUAAAAUGACAUUUUUUGCACGAUAUAGUCAUUCUGAUUAACAGCGUUUUAUAUAUGUUAAUGUGUGUGUGUGUGUCUGUGUGUGUGUGUUAAUUAAAUUAAUCAAAUUGUAGUAUAUAUGAGAAAAUUUGAAUUUAUUUGAUGACUUUGUGUGUUGUCUGACAUCUUGUGAAACUUUUUAUAUUUUAUUUUUUUAUCUAUAAUUUUUUUAGAUUUAUUGUAAAUAAACAAAUAAAUGAAUAAUAGUUACGGAA